AAAUUCAUUAAGAAAAUUAACGCUUCGAGCAUUCGAGUGCCAGAGUUAGCCGACUGUCUAUAGACCCCACUGCGACAUUGGCGUCAGUUGCCAUUUGAUUCUCGGCCGAUUGAGACGCGAGUGCUCCAAGAAGAAAAUCGGGCCGGGACGUGCGAAUUGGAAAGCUGCCUUUUACGAACGGACCAGCAGAAACCCAAACGCGUGCAUAAUUUUUAUUGCCGCUUAAUUAAUUUAUAUUUAUUUGUAUGCAAUCAAAUGAACAAACAGCGAAGCGACGUCGCGAGUUAUAAACUGUGUUGUGAAUGAAAGAAUAAUUAACGGAAAUAUUUGGCUGUUUGUGGUUUUGAAAUAGUGAUCGUGGAAAAAAGUAUAAGUGAUCUUUUGCUGGAUUUAGAAUGUUCCAUUAGAGAGGCGCCACUGGAGCCAUGGUCAACCGUUCGCCAGCCCGAGGUGGAGAAUCCACUGUCCCUCACAUUAUCCCCAAUGAGAUGGAGAACGAACUGGACAGGAGGAUGGUAUCAGCACCACCUGCAGCACCUGCGAGUAGCGAUGUCAUCGGGGAUGUCGUGGGCGACUUUGGCAUCUGGCAGCUGAGAACCAUCCUCAUCAUCUUCCUGUGCAAGAUCCCCGCCGCCUGGUUCAUGGCAUGCAUCAUCUUCACCGGACCGGAGCUCUAUCCCGGCUCGGAGUUCGCCUGCGACACCAGCUAUCUGGUUACCAGCAGUAACUCCAGCUUCAGUGUUUCGGACAACCAGUGUUAUGUCCUGGAGGAAUCAUCUGGAGUUAGAAGCGAGUGCCAGCAGUUCACCUACGACUCCAGCUUCGACUCCCUGAUCAUGCAGUUCAACCUGGUCUGCCUGCGGGACAUUUUCGUGGCCUGGACUCAGUACUGGCAUCUGUUUGGGGUGCUCGUGGGCGGCGUCAUCGGCACCAAGAUGAUGCUGGCCAUCAGUCCGAGGAGCACUUAUUGCGUGGGCGCCAUUGCCCAGAUCGGGUGCGGAGUGGUCACUGGAUACGCCAGGGAUUUCAGCCUGCACUGCGCAUUCCGCUGCCUCUCCGCCGUCUGCUGUGCGAUCAUGUUCACAGCUGGUCAGGCAAUAUUUGCCGACAUCACGGCGGGAAUGCAUCGCAUUGGUGCCAUCAUUCUGUACGACACCUUCUGGUCCAUUGGAGUCAUCCUGCUGCCCGGCCUCUCCUCGUUCUUCAACAACUGGUCGCUGAUCUAUGUGGGGAUCACGUUCCCCACUGUCAUGCUGAUAGUGCUGCUCUACUGGACCCCGGACUCGCCCCGCUGGCUGCUCCGGCAUGCCGUGGAUCGAUUCUCGAUCGACCACGUGGAAGAGAUGGUGCGCGAAGGAGCAGCGAUCAAUGACCGCACAUUCAAGAUCCCUCCGGACUUUCGACUUCAGUUGGAGCAGCUGAGUGAGCGGCUGAAGGCUCAACCUCCACCCGCACCCUGGCGGGAAUUGUGGAAGGGAAAGCGUGCCAAGACACACAUGGUGGCCUCCCACCUGGCACUGGCGUUCUUCGUGAUCAACUUCAUGGGCAUGCUGCUCAACAUACGGUCGUUCGGAAGGAACUAUCUGGUGCCAAACACCAUCGCUAUGGGCUUUUCGGAGAUCAUUGGAUGCUUCCUGGCGCUUCACUUUACCCUCAAGCACAACAAAUGGAAGUGGCAAUGUGCUGGGGUCUUUAAUAUAUUAGCCGGAAUCCUGGGCUGCAUGGGCUGGAUCUUCACGAAUGCUGACUCGAUGGAUGCUGAUCUGAAAGUCAGCCUGUGGAUGAUCAUCGCCACCAUCCCGAAGGCGGCUGUCUCGUGUGCCCAGUCCAUGAUCCUGGCCUGCAUGAACGAGCUGAUGCCGGCGAACAAGAAGCAGCUCUUCGUCUUUUCCGUGGUCACCUGGGCCCGGGUAUGGCUCCUCUCGGCCCCGUUCUUCAAUGUCCUGAGGAAGAUCGACACGGCCAUGUCGUUGACCUCGUACUGUGUGUUCAGCAUCUUGGGCGGAAUCUGCACCACCCUGCUCCUCACGCCCAGGACGAGUGUGGCUCCGAUCGUGGCUCAGGUGGAAGCGAAUGACAAGAAGGAGCAAUCCCCCCUAAACGCAGCCGUUUGGACCGUCGAAUCCGAUGUGAACAAUACUCGAUUGUAGGCGGAGGGGAUCGCAGUGCUUUGCCAACCAAUAGCCUUUGUAUUAGUCAGCUAAUGAAACAACAUUCUUCUGUGAUUAGGUUAAGUGAACUGUUAUUUAAAAUGCCUGAAGUUAAACUACAGAA